UCCUGCUGCCGGACGUCGCGAACGCACGCUUGGUAGACAGCGUCACUGGCUUAGCAGUCACGGUUUCCGUCGCAACACCGCAACGCAUAGUGACAAGUUGGCCCAUGCUACGGAGGGUGUGCGGUUGCCGGCAGAAGCUCCGGACUGGCCGAAAGACUGGCCCAGCGUGCUUCCCUUCCAUGGACGCAUCAUCGGCGGACAGCCAGCCGAUGACGGGGAAUAUCCCAGCCAGGUGUCGCUGCAGGUGGACGGCGGCCAUUACUGCGGUGGAUCUGUCAUCAACGACCAGUGGGUCCUCACGGCCGCCCACUGCGUGGUGGGACUGACGGCGGCUGACAUGCAGGUCCUGGCGGGCAGCAACCAGCUGAGCGCGGGCGGCAGCCGCCACCAGGCGGUGCGCCUGCUGCCGCACCCCGCCUACAACAGCACCGACAACAUGAAGAACGACGUCGCCCUCGUCCAGGUAUCCCCGCUGUUUGAGCUGGAUGGCGUGAAGAUUAGUCCAGUCAACCUCCCGGAGCAAGGGGAAAGCACGCCAGACAACGUAAACGCCACGGUCAUAGGCUGGGGGCUCAUCUAUGGCCCCGAAGACCCGACAGCUUCCGACGUGCUGAUGGAAGUUCAGCUGCAGACGGUGAGCCUGGCGCGUUGCCGCGAGAUCUACAUCGCGCUCUGGGGCAACGGCACCGUCCACGACUCGCAGAUCUGCGCCGGAGUCCCCGACGGCGGCAAGGGAUCCUGCAACGGCGAUUCUGGCGGCCCGCUGUUCGUGGAUGGAGAGGUGGUGGGCCUCGUGUCGUACGCAUACGGCUGUGCCCGUCGAGGCUACCCCACCAUCUACACCAGGGUCUCCUCCUACAUAGACUGGAUCUCCGGCAAUGUCAACUAG